AAAACACCAAAAUCCUCAUAAGGGUGCAGAGUUGUCUUUUGAUAGUGCUGGCGUUCUUCUUAUGUCGACCACGAACCUUGCGCUGUCCGCUUUCCUAACCCCAAAAUGCGGCAUCCUGCUGCGCCGACUGUCUCCGCUACUCUCGUUUCACUCCUCAUUGCGUUUGUCACUUAUAUGUGGUUCUUUUAUCCCAGUAAACAUCACGAGGGAAAUCCAGGUCCUAAAUUGGAACCGUUCGAAAUCCACUUCAAAGAUGACGGCAAGCCAACUUCGACUGAGGAUGAAGAUAGGGACGUUGAAACCGAUGUCGAUAUCAUCGAGAACAACGACAAGGAGUUCACGAUUCCAUACUCGGACGAAAUUAUUGUAGAGCCUAUUUCUGCGGAUGCCCCAGAGGGAGUGCCAAAUUCGAUUUCCUACUCUCUUCCCAUUCCCAUGAGCCGACAUGUCACCCCUACUGCUACACGCCCGGCUGUGGACAGAGACUGGGACGAUCCUCUCUUUGAAAUCGAAGUAUCAUCUUGUUACAUAUCCUGCGAGAUCACAACUAUCCAACCAGCCCACAAAUAUGGCAACAGGAGCCCAGCUUGCCUUGUCAUCCUCCAAUUCACAUUUCAUCCUGCGCUCAGCCAUCGCUUCAGGAACGCACGACUGUCCUGCAGUUUCACGCCUCCCAGAACUUCCAAGGUCAAGAAAGACGGUACCCCGGUUGUCGCGUUUCACGCACCUCGGACUGCCUACGGCGGGUAUAGCAAAGGCGAAUCACAUUGGACUUUUGGACUAUCGGCACCGCUCCAGGCCCCGGGUGGCUACUUCUCCAUCACACCGUCGGCUGAGAAGUCCCACGAUCGCAUCGUAGAUCACUAUAUGCGAAUUGAGGGCUCCGCCAGAGGGACUCCACGGUCGAAAUGCAUUUGGACAAUGGCCGAGAACGAAGACAGCAAAGCGGGAUUACCAUUGGACUUUCAAGUCGCAGUAGUACUACAGGCGAACAGUCCUUUUGUUCUAGAGGUCGACAUCAGCGCGGAGAUUGCUAAGUGGUGGAAGAGCAAGAAUGUUGAGGGCGUGGCGGUAGAACCGAGGGUGAUAGACCCCAACGUGCCUCGAGGGAAGCAGUUCAGCUUUGACGCUGACCUCGAAGAGCUCAAGCUUGGUAGUUGGUUCUCAGGAGCUGUCGAAGGAGGCAGCGUGGCUUGGGAGGCGACUAUUCCGCGACCUUGACAACUGAAAGGUAAUCUUCUUGGAGCCGGCCACAUUUCUUCAUUACGUGGAGGUCACUCAGCACAAUAUCAAAUAUUCGAGAUGACUACCACUGAUCUAAGUUUCUGCU